AUGAAAAACGACAUUGAUCCGGAAACCAUAAUCGAAAAAUACAAGGAUUCCAAAGCAAGCAUCAGUUAUGACGAUUUGUACGAAAUAGGCUCGCUUGCAACCUGGUCACUUUCGAGUUGGAAACCAGGGAACGAUUUGGAAAACCUAAGAGACGAUGAGCUCGGUACUUAUUGGCAAUCAGACGGAUCACAGCCUCACCUCGUGAAUAUACAAUUUCCGAAGAAAGUCUUUGUUUCGCAAAUCUCUUUGCAAAUCGAUCAUAAACAAGACGAGAGCUAUACUCCUAGCAAGAUAACAGUUAGAGCAGGGACAAAUUUUGCUGAUCUUCAAGAUCUUAGAACCAUGGAAUUAUCUGAACCAACUGGCUGGAUCGACAUACAACUGAGCCCCGAUCUUAUGAAAAAUCGUCCUAUCGGUGCCCAUCUCUUUCAAAUUUGUAUAAAAUCCAAUCACCAGAAUGGGAAGGAUACACGUAUACGUCAGAUUAAAGUAUUUGCACCAAAACUGAAAAGUGUUCAAGAUGACUUAGACUCUGACGACGAGAUGCCAUUCCGAACAAUCGAAUUCAAAAUGCAUGCAACU